CGCGCAGGUUAUCGUGACGUCACAGAAAGAACUCGAUUUCGUAGAACUUAUAAGUCCAAGAAAUCAUUUUGUGGGUUUAGUAGCAGUGGUGAGUGAAACUGAGUAGUUAUUUUCAGCGAUUGUUAUCGAUUUUGACAACAAUGUUUCAGCGACCUUGUCGAGUUCAUCCGUUGACGGAGAGUCAGGUGUGUGAUCUCAACACACCCCCAAACCCCAGCAGCAGCACAGAGGAACAACAUCCUCAUGAGAGCACUGCUGAUGCUGCUGAGGGAAACGACGAGGAGAGGAAGGUUAUGGAGAAAGGGAAGAAGAAAAAGAAGUGGUGGAGGUUGUCUUCUUUGUUUGGAGCUGUGAAGAAACAUCUGAAGCGCAGCUCGAACCCAGUUCAGGGUGAAGUAGAGCUGCAGCAAGAGCAAGAGCAGAGUGAGGGAGUGAAGAACCAGAACCAGUGUAAAGACAGAUGCAGUGAUGACUACACUGUCAGACACAACCUCGUGAGUGAUCAGCUGUGUGAAGGUGGAUUUGACGCUGAGGCGACACGUUUGAAGGAUGACCCUGAACUUGGAUCUCCACAACGUCUUCCAGAGGAGAAUGAUCUCAACAUCCUGGCAAACAGAGGCCCAGAUAGCCACGGAUGUGAUCUCAGCACCCCCCCAAACCCCAGCAGCAGCACAGAGGAACAACAUCCUCAUGAGAGCACUGCUGAUGCUGCUGAGGGAAACGACCAGGAGAGGAAGGUGAUGGAGAAAGAGAAGAAGAAAAAGAAGUGGUGGAGGGUGGCCUCUUUCUACGGAGCUGUGAAGAAACAUCUGAAGCGCAGCUCGAACCCAGUUCAGGGUGAAGAAGAGCUGAAGCAAGAGCAAGAGCAGCAGAGAGAGAAAGUGAAGAACCAGAAAGAACAGAAAGCCAGAUGCAGUGAUGACUUCAUUUCCAGCCACUACCAGCUGGGUGAUCUGCUGGGUGAAGGUGGAUUUGGUUCUGUGUAUGAGGCGAGACGUUUGGAGGAUGACCUUAAAGUGGCGGUCAAAUAUGUUAAUAAGACCGAAACCUACAGGCCAAGUUUAUACAUUCCUGGAUAUCAGCAACAUGUUCCACUGGAGAUCGCUCUCACAAUCCUGGCUAAUAAAGGCCCCAGAGUGCCAGAGAUCAUCCAGCUGCUGGACUGGAAGGACUACAGUGACCAUUUCGUCAUGAUCCUUGAAUGUCCCUCUCCUUGCGAGACUUUGGAAGACUUUGUGGGGCGUCAGGGUGGACGUCUCAACGAGAGCUUAGCACGGCGAGUCAUGAUGCAGGUGACUAAAGCUGCGAACGUGUGCUGCCAGCGCCAAGUGUUCCACCGUGACAUCAAACUGAGCAACCUUCUCAUCAACAACCAGACACUUGAAGUCAAACUAAUUGACUUUGGGUGUGGGGACAUUCUGAGGACAACUGUCUACAUGUCAUACUCUGGCACAGCAACAUACGUCCCUCCUGAGUUUCACAUAAAGGGAAAGUACCACGGCAAGCCUGCGACGGUUUGGUCACUGGGGGUUCUGUUAUUUAAAAUAGUGGCCGGAUAUUAUCCAAGUUUCUUAGAUCUGCACAUGCUCAAACUGCAUCUCUGGUCCAAAACUGGUCUGUCAAAUGAAUGCUGCAGAUUGCUCCGCGCUCUCCUGCAAAUAAAGCCAAAGAACCGAAUUCAGCUGGAGGAAAUCCUUUCCCACAAGUGGUUUACGGCCACCACAUAAGACCACCUCAGAAGUUGUUGUAUCUUCAGCUCUCCAAUGGUUCCUGCAAUAGUUGCAGCAGUAUCAGAGGCCCAGUCUACAACGUCUGUCCCCUGCAGUCCAAAACAUCCCAGAAAAGCUGUUUUAAACUAGAAUAUAUAUUAAGUUAAAAUGUUAUUGUCACCUUAACGUUUUAAUUGAUUAACGGCAACAAUUAUUUUAUCGCGCGUUAACAGUUGUUUGUUAAUAUGAAAGUCCAUCGCUCACUGGCUCUGAAUACACAUACAGUCAAAGCAUGGGUCACAGGAGGAGUGGGAUGUUGAUCAGUACUGACUUGGGAUGGGUGUCAUCACGUGUCUCAACCAAUGAGAGCAUUUGUGGUGGGCCUAAGACUGCAGCAGCUCACAUGAAGUGCUCGGGACUUCAUAAGUGGGAAACCCAAAGUUUCUGUUAACACGUAAAGGCAGCAGAGAAGCGCUCUCGCUCAACACAGUGGAGUGCAUCGAUUUGUUUUAAGUCUUUUGUGAAGCGGUAAAACACGGCCCUCUCACAAUACACAGAAAUCUGCUGAAAUCAUCCGUGAAGCAGUUUUCUGUGUAGCAUCUCUGCACAUCAUCUGUAUAGAAGUUUAAUAUAUUGUGUA